UCGGGGUAACACGUGCCUCUGAAAAAUACUUAAAAUUUAUUAAAAAAUAUAAAAAAAUUACCUGAAAUUCGAUGAAAAUUAGUUAAUAUCAAAACCAAACUACUACUUUUCGGUGGUAGUUUCGUAAAAUUCGUGAAAUUAAUUGAAAAAUGAGCGAUUGACACAAUCGAGCAUGGCCAAGCAAUUGACAGACGAUGAAAAAGCCAAGCUGGAAGCUCAAAAUGCACGCUUGGUGUCGGAUUUUCAAGCGGUGAAGCUCGAAAAAGAAGCCAAAAAGAACUGGGAUUUGUUCUACAAGCGAAACACGACGAAAUUCUUCAAGGAUCGCCAUUGGAGUACACGUGAGUUUCAAGAGCUGCUCGGAGAAAACACCCACGCGGACAAGAAUUCACCCGGUAAACUCCUUGAAAUCGGUUGUGGCGUCGGAAAUUUAAUUUUUCCCUUGAUCGAAGACAAACUUACGGAUUAUUUCAUUUAUUGCUGUGAUUUUUCGCCACGUGCAAUCGAAAUUGUCAAACAAAAUCCCUUGUACUCUGAGGAUUAUAUGAAAGCAUUUCCAUGUGAUAUUACAACUGAUGAAAUUUUCGACACAAUUGAACCAGAAUCCUUGGAUUUAAUUACGUUAAUUUUCGUUUUGUCGGCAAUCCAUCCCGAUAAAUUCGACAAAGUCAUGGAAAAUUUGAGGAAAUUGUUGAAACCAGGCGGAAUGGUGCUCUUUCGCGAUUACGGUUUGCAUGAUAUGGCUCAGUUGCGUUUCAAGCCAGGCAGUAAAAUUGCCGAGAAAUUGUAUGUGAGACAAGAUGGAACGCGUUCUUAUUACUUUUCGACCGAGGAAACGCAAGAAAUGUAUGAAAAGGCAGGAUUUUCGGUUGUUUGUAACGAAUACAUCCAUCGUCGAACGAUUAAUUUGAAGGAAGGCGUUGAUGUUCCACGGAUAUUUGUACAAGGCAAAUACAGAAAAGAAUCAGGUACCUGAAAGAACAAUUUCAUGAAAAAAUUGGAAAAAAAUACUUGAAAAGAUGGCAAAAAUUGUCGUGAGACUUGAAAAUUGAGUCAAUCCAACAAGUUGCAGCUCCAAAAUGGCAUGAAAGGAUUCUGACAGAAGUUUGAUGUAAAAUGGUCUAAAUUUUCAUCUUUCAAACGAAAAAAGACAUCAAUGGUGAUAUCAAAUGUCGAGAAAGUUGAGCUGAAACCUUUGAACUUCGAAAAAACACAAAAAUGACGUUAAAUCAUCUUGUUUUCUGAAGUUAAAGACGAAAAAUUGCCAAAAAAUUUAACAACUUUUUCCAUCAUCCGGUCUUCAAAUGUUGUAAUUGGCGCCCGUCAAAUUGACCACCCGAUUUUUGUAACGUUUGGAAAUGUCGCCCUCGAUUUGUUUCUGCAGCGUUUUCGUGUGUUCAACCAAUC